UGGCAUGUCGCGGCAUACUGCUUGGUUGGGCAGGGCUGCACGGGCCGGUGGAACAUGCGAUGCAGUGGGGUGCCUGUUGACCAGGGGCGACCGACGUCAUUUCCUCUCUCCCAACUUUUGCGCUCCCAGCACUCCACCCUCACAUUUCAAGAACCCCCCCAUUGGGGACGCCCAUGGAAGUCGCCGUUGAAGAAAUUCCCACGGGUUUCGAUCGGACCCCUGAUUGUAUGUACAUAAAGGUACAUACAUACAGCGAAAUAAACCAGGUUAUUCCCGUCUGGUAUUCCGUACUUGCGCUCUAUGCUCCAGUUCGUGUUUCCAUCGUUUUCUUUUUUCUCCCUGCUAGACACUUUUGGGCGACGCGGGUCGAACUUGCUUGAAUAGCCCCCUUAAUGGCUAGUAGUAGUCGUGCCGAAUCCGUUGACACGCACAUACGUCGAGAGCCGUAGCAGCACGAGCAAUCAUGGCCGAGCCAGACGGAUCGCUUAAGAUUCGCUUACCUGCACGCACCUACGGCUUUUCACCAGAGGCGUUCGACUGGACGCGCCUGCCGGACGUUGAGACCAACUUUCUCCCACCAGAACACAUCGAGGCCUUUGUCCAGGCCCUCUCCGCGCCGGAUCCCAUCCCGCAAAGCCCCGAGGACCCCACCGCUUCCUCAUCCUUCCGCCUCAACAGCCCUCCGCUGGCCAGCUCAACCAGCUCCGACGUUGAUUUCAGCAAGCGCGCCGCAGCCUUGAGCCUGACUCUCCACGAUGAGGAGCGCGGUGCGAGGGAUGCCGCCGGGACAGCCGCCGCUGCCGCCGAUGCCGCUGCGCCAGGAGGCCCAGCAACCCAAGCCGGACCGUCAUCGUCACAGCGACCACCAGCGCUGGGAAGCCGUCGGCCCAGCUCCUCCAGCAACCUCUUCAUCGCGGCUAGAAGCGACUGGGCGCCCGUCCGCGAGAGAGUCCUCCGUGACAAGGACAAGGAUAAGGACAAGGGCGGCCAGCAGGCUGCUAAACGAGCCGGGAAAAAGAGCAGGAGGAAAAAGUCGCGCUCCAAGGACGAGACACGGGAGGGGUACCUCUACAGUCUGCUGAAAUGGCCAUUCCUCCUCAUCGUCGGCGCGUGGAUUGUGGGGUUGGCCCUCGCGUAUAUCGCUACCCGCACAUACAUCUACUUGUACGAGCAGUGGAUCGCCUGGCGCGGGAAGAGGGAAAGGCUGCGGCGGGCCAUGCGCGCCACGAGCCGGUACCGGGACUGGGUCGCGGCCGCGCGGCGGAUGGAUGACUUCUUUGGGAAUGAGCGGUGGAAGGAGGAGGACGACUUCGCCUACUACGACAGCAAGACGGUGAGGAGGGUGCUGACGGAGAUGAAGAAGUGUAGGCGGCUGGCAAAGAAGGGGGAGGAAGAACAGGCGGGCGGGGCGGUGGAGGAGCAGGACGGAAAGCGGGCAGUGGAGGAAUUGAAGGUGCUCAUCGAGGCGUGCGUCAAGAACAACUUUGUGGGCGUCGAGAACCCGCGCCUGUACAGCCAGACGUACUACGGGACCAAGAACUUGGUGCAGAAUUUCAUCGAUGAAGUGGAGAAGAGUGUCAAAUUCCUCAUCGACACGAAGCAGCUCUCCAAGGAGGAGAAGCGCGUCCUCUUCAAGGGCAUCUGCGCCAACUACGGGCGCACGGCACUGUGUCUGUCGGGCGGGGCCACGUUUGCGUACUACCACUUCGGCGUGGUCAAGGCGUUGCUCGAGGAGGACUACCUGCCGGACAUCAUCACGGGCACCAGCGGUGGCGCGUUGGUGGCCGCGCUCGUCGCCACGCGCACCAACGAGGAGCUCAGACAGCUGCUCGUGCCCGCCCUCGCCCACCGCAUCAAGGCCUGCCGAGAACCCAUCACGGUCUGGUUCCGCCGCUGGUGGACGACCAACGCCCGCUUCGACUCGGUUGACUGGGCCAAGCAAUGCGCCUGGUUCACGCGCGGAUCCAUGACCUUCCGCGAGGCCUACGAGCGCACGGGGCGCAUCCUCAACGUCUCGUGCGUGCCGGCAGACCCGCACUCGCCCACCAUCCUCUGCAACUACCUGACCAGCCCCGACUGCGUGAUCUGGUCUGCGGUCCUCGCCUCGGCCGCCGUGCCGGGCAUCCUGAACCCGGUCGUGCUCAUGAUGAAGACGCGUUCGGGCCAGCUCGUCCCCUACUCCUUCGGCCACAAGUGGAAGGACGGCUCGCUGCGCACCGACAUCCCCAUCCACGCGCUCAACCUGCACUUCAACGUCAACUUCACCAUCGUCAGCCAAGUCAACCCGCACAUCAACCUGUUCUUCUUCUCGUCGCGCGGCUCCGUCGGCCAGCCCGUCACCCACCGCCGCGGCCGCGGCUGGCGCGGCGGCUACCUGGGCUCGGCCGUGGAGCAGUACAUCAAACUCGACCUGACCAAGUGGCUGCGGGUGCUGCGACAGCUCGAGCUGCUGCCCCGCCCGCUCGGACAGGACUGGUCGAUGCUGUGGCUGCAGACGUUCGGGGGCACCGUGACCAUUUGGCCCAAGAGCGUCCCCUCGGACUUCUGGCACAUCCUGAGCGACCCGGACGAGGCAAGGCUGGCGCGCAUGAUCCACGAGGGUCAGCAGAGUGCCUUCCCCAAGAUGAAGUUUAUCGGGAACCGGCUGAGAGUCGAGAGGCUCGUGGAGAAGGGCCGGCGGGAGAGCAGACUCGGUGUGGGAGGAGGAGGGAAAGCGCCCAUUUACGUCGGCGGGAGAACGGGGGAGGAGAAUGGUGUGGGUCCUGCAACGUUGGAGAAAAGAGCGAGCCUCGAGAGUAUAUUGAGCGAAGAUGACCUGAGGAGCUUACUGAAGAAGCGGGGGAAGCAGAGGGAUAGCGGGGGAAGCGUCACGGCUACGGAAGAGGACGACGACUCCACGGAUUCCGAGGUGGAUCACGAUGAUAGCAUGGUCAUUGACGGCGGGGAGGGCGGCGGGGAGAUCAAGGCUGCGAGGAUGGAACAACCGAAGAUUGCUACGCCGAGCGGGUUGGCGGGCGCCGAGGGACAGCUUUGAAUGAGGGCACAUAAUACUGGAGCGCAGGAGUUUUACAGGUGUUAGAGCAUCUUCUUGUAUGCGAGUAGGAUGGCUCAGUCGUUCCAAGUCAUACCCGUAGACAUUUUUUUCUUUGUAGACCGGCAUCGCCCAUCGUUUGGAAAUGACAGUGCACUUCAUACAC